AUGGUUUUUGGUCCCUCAGAGUCAGCUAUCCUGCAGUUGGAGGAUCCGGACUGUGAAGAGGGGAGCAACCCGCCCUGCGAGUCCAUCUUUUCACUCAAUGCAGAGAAAAUCCUUAAUCAGGCAAAGUUGUUUGUCGAACAGCGUCGGUUUCCUUUCGCUGUGGAAAACCAAAAUACCAAUGAAGAACUUGCCAUUGGCUAUGUUCUCAUUGGAAAUGGCCUGAAUGAUGAAGCUAUCAAGCACUUCUCAUUACUGCUACAGGGAGAUCCUGAGCUGGUCAGUGCCAUCUAUGGACGGGGAAUAGCCUACGGCAAAAAGAGUCUGCAGGACAUAAAGAAUGCAGACUUGGCUCUGUAUGAGUUGAGCAGAGUUAUUGCACUGGAGCCCAGCAGACCAGAAGUAUACGAGCAGAGGGCCGAGAUUCUGUCUCCUCUGGGCCGCAUCAGUGAAGCUCUGUCUGAUCUGACUAAAGCCAUACAACUGCAGCCUUCAGCCCGACUCUACAGACACAGAGGAACACUGCUCUUCAUAUCAGAGGAUUAUAUGGCAGCCAUGGAGGAUUUCCAGCAGUCUCUAGAGCUGAAGAAGAACCAGCCCAUCGCUAUGCUCUAUAAAGGCCUGACCUUCUUCCACAGGGGCCUCCUUAAGGAGGCUAUAGAGGUGUUUAAAGAAGCUCUCAAAUUGAAGUCAGACUUCAUAGAUGCAUAUAAAAGCUUGGGUCAGGCUUACAGGGAGUUGGGUGAUUUUGAGAAUGCUAUGGAGAGCUUCCAGAAAGCUCUGUUACUGGAUCAGAACCACAUCCAGUCUCUCCAGCUCAGAGGAAUGAUGCUGUACCAUCACGGCAGCCUGCAGGAGGCCAUUGGCAACUUUAAGAGAUGUCUGCAGCUGGAGCCCUAUAAUGAAGUGUGUCAGUACAUGAAGGGUCUCAGUCACGUGGCCAUGGGCCAGUUCUACGAGGGCAUUAAAGCUCAGACUAAAGUCAUGCUCAACGACCCUCUCUUGGGACAGAAAGCCAGCUCCGAGUAUCUCAAAGUCAAAUAUCUCAGAGAAUACUCCCGUUAUCUACACUCUCAUCUGGAUGUACCUGUUGCGGAGUAUAAUGUUGAUCAGGAUUUGCCUGGAAACUUUAAAAACCACUGGGCAAAAAAUCUUCCCUUCCUCAUCGAGGAUUAUGAAGAACAGCCUGGACUUCAGCCUCAUAUUAAAGAUGUUCUACCUCAGAACUUUGACAGUUACUCUGCUGAAGUCCAGAAGCUGAUCUGUACAGCGGAUCGCCUCGGCGCACUGAUGCAGUACGACACUUUAGGGUUCUUACCAAACCUCAGAGUACACCGAGCGAUGGGCUUGGCCACCAUAGAGGUGAUGCAGGCCAUGCAGCGCACCUGGAGUAACUCGAAGGUUCGAGUCAACGGAAAGACCAGACAGCUGCAGUGGAGAGACAUGUUUGACAUCGCAGUGAAAUGGAGAAGGAUUGCAGAUCCAGACCAGCCUGUGCUGUGGUUGGAUCAGAUGCCUGCCAGGAGUCUUAGCAGAGGAUUUAACAACCACAUUAACCUCAUCAGAGGCCAGAUCAUUAAUAUCAGAUAUCUGCAGUAUUUCAGUAGUAUUCUCAGCUUUGUGAAGGAAAGAAUACUGGUUUAUCAUGGGGCGUAUAACCCGCGGGUGCUUCAGGAAGUAAAGCAGGCUCUGGAAAAUGUGAAUAAAGUGGAGGAUCUGCUGCCCAUCAUGAAGCAGUUCAACAGUAAAACCAGAGACGGCUUCACAGUCAACUCUAAAGUGCCCAGUCUGAAGGAUCCUGGGAAAGAAUACGACGGAUUCACCAUCACCAUCACCGGAGAUCGAGUGGGGAACAUGCUGUUUUCAGUAGAGACUCAGACCACAGAUGAGAGGACGCAGCAGUAUCAGUCAGAAAUUGAAGCGCUCUAUAAAGAUCUCACUGCCAAAGGCAAAACACUGAUGCUCUCUACUGAACUCGGGGACGCAGAUGCUGUGUGUAAUUUAAUUCUUUCUCUGGUGUAUUACUUCUGUAACCUCAUGCCACUCUCCAGAGGCUCCAG